AUGAGUACGAACUAUGCCAUGGUGCCACAGGGUCGUGAGAAUGUAAACGACCCAUUCAAUCAGCACCAGGUGUACGACUCCCGUCCUUUACGCCCCCUUGGUGCGCGAUCGCAAUACGAACCAGCUCGUGCUGCGAAUUCACACCCUUAUCAGUUCGAGAACAAUCACUACCAGCAAAGUCAACAGAAUUUACUUGCCGGUCAGCAGGGCAUGUCUUAUGAAACCAACCAACAAGACGACCUGUCGCGAAGUUUCCAGACGCCUGAUGCUGCUGGCUCAGCGUCAAGAAACCAAACAGGCGGCAUUCAACCCUCUGACUACAACGAAAAAUUCUCCAAGCAACGUCCAUCACGAAAAUGGCUCUGGUGGCUCGUUGCAGCGAUUGUGUUGAUUUGCGUAAUUCUCGCCGCGGUUCUUGGUGGGGUUCUUGGUUCUCGUGCUUCAGAUGAUGAUGACGACGACAGCAAAGAUAAUCAUUCCAUGCCGAAAAGCCAAACGGGAAGCGAUAACAAACCAAGUAAUCUUGUUGGUGUAUUCCCGCAGAGCGUGUUUGAUGCUGCCUCCAACGCGGCGAAACAAGGCGACACAGAUCAUAUUGCUUAUUAUGGCACAGAUACAUAUGGUAACCCCGUAUUUACUAGCAGUGGAAACAAGAACAAGCCCUCGUUUGGCAAGGCCGUGGGAAAAUGUGAAGACCCAUGGAAGCCUACCAAUAACCUCAACAAUGGACGUCCGGGCCAUCCUCGUCUCAUUGCCCCAGGCUACAUGUGGGACUGUCUCGAAAGCAGAAUCAAGGAAGAUGCUUAUCUCACGGCAUGGAACUACAGUAUAUUUCAGAAUGCUACGAACUGGCUCGAUGAAAAACCCGUUGAAUAUGACAUUGAUGGUGGCUUGACCCUCUCCGGUAUCCUUGACGUUUCACGAAUUGUGCAGCAACGUCUUAAGGCCUGGGCAUAUGCUUGGCGCCUUACGCGCGACAAGAAAUACAAGGAACGCGCGUUUAAGGAAAUGAGUGUAGCUGCGGGCAACACGUCGCAGCCAUUUGGCAACGGCGACAAGCGAUGGAAUCCUGACCACUUCCUCGACACCGCUGAGAUGGCUGCUGGAUAUGCCUUCGCAUACGAUUGGAUGUAUGAUGCAUGGAACGAUAAGCAAAAGAGCUACAUUAUCGAUUGGAUUGUUCGUUUCGCCUUGGCACAAGGUCUAGACAUGUAUAACAAGAAUACCGCCUGGUGGUCCACCGCGAAAAGUGGCAACGGCAACUGGAAUUGUGUUUCAAAUGGUGGCCUGAUCUUUAGUGCGCUUGCCAUUCAGAACGAUGCGAAGGGUAGCGACAAAAGUACGACAGACCAGAUUCUGAAGAAGGCCCUGGAUAAUGUCAAGCAAAACUGUAUGCGCGCGGUGUACGAGGAUGGAACAUGGUCCGAGACGCCCAAUUACUGGUACUUCGGCACGAAUGCUCAGGCUAGAAUGGUGUCGGCCCUUAUUACAGCCACAGGGUCUGACCAGGGCUUGAUGGACCAAAACAAGAAUUGGUAUAAAACGGCUGAGUUCCAUAUGUACGUGACAGGCAAUGCUGGUAUGUUUGCUUAUGGUGACAACGGUCCCAACAAGUUUGCGACAACUGCAAACCAGUUGUUCCUUUACAGUCAGCUCGCCAAAAAUCCCGUCUACGCGCUAUUUCAGCGUGAUCGUGCCGAUGCAGCUUCUGAUCCGCUGAGUAUGUUCUGGUAUGACUCCACACCUCGUGGCGCCUUCUACAACGGCUUGCCACUCGACCGCCUAUUCGACAAUGACAUGGGAAGCUGGGUUUCGAUGCGCAGUUCGUGGACAGACACGACUGGUAACUAUGUUGCCAUGAAGUUCUCUAACCAUACGGGUCACCAGACACACGGUGACUUGGAUGCGGGUGACUUUGUUAUUGAUGCUCUCGGCACGCGCUUUGCGGGCGAGUACGGCAGUGAUAACUACCUGGCUAAAGACUAUUUCAUGGGAGAAGAGGAUGGUGCUGCGCGUUGGACGUACUUCCGCAAAGGCACGCAAGGUCAGAACACUAUCGUGAUUGGCAAGCAAAACAUGAACGCUAGUUGUAAGCCCACGUUCAAGUUCGACUCAUCGAAUACGAAGCAGAACGAUGAUCUGAACUUUACCCCUGACGAUAAGUCGACGGCGUAUACUGUGACUGACUUGAGCUCAUGCUAUGAUGAAGACAAGGGAUCCGUGCAACGAGGUAUCCGUUUCUUGAACGGACGUCGCCAGAUCCUUGUGCAGGAUGAAAUUAAAAAGCAAAAUAAGGAGAUCCAGUGGCGCGUACAAACAAAUGCUACCGUGGAGCUGUCGAAGGACAAGAAAACUGCAACGCUGACUAUCACCGAGGUGCAUGACCCAAAUGCAGCCAUUGACAAGAUGAAAAUCAACAUUCCGAAGGCCCAAAUGAAGGCCACGAUUCUGUCGCCCGGUAAUGCUCAGUUUGCCGUUGCGCCAGCCUAUGACAAAAAUUCUAAGAAACCAAACUACUACUAUGGCGAGAAUGAGGUGCCUUCACAGGAUACGGACAACAACGGCCAGCGAAUUCAAGCUGAAGUCCUUGACUAUGAAGUGAAUGUUCUCUCUAUCACGCUGCCUGGUGAUUCAGACACUAACAUCAAGGUUUGGUGGCAGCCGCAGUACAGCGAGUUGAACGAUGCAGAUAAGGCUCAACCAAAGAAUGUCCCUCUAUCAAAGUGGUCUAUUGAUAGCCACUAA